UAUUUCGUCCGAGGCUGUGUGGCGAUCGCUUGUUUCGUGUUUCGCUCUCGAAGAGAGGCGCCGUGUCUGAAAAACAAAACGUGUUUUCAGCGUGUGUUUCCAACAAUCGCGUCAAUUUCGAUUUGCCAGUGACAGGAGGGUCGUCGAUUAGCUGUCCGAAAUUAUGGUACGUUUCAUUUCGUGACUGGUUCCGGCGAAAAUGGACUUUUAAUGCCGAGAAGUUUGAUGACGAAAUGGCUGGCAAUUAAAGGGCAAUUAUGAAGGGCGCAAUUGAAUCAAUCGUAUUGGUUUGGAUAUUUUGGUUCGUUUUUGGUUCGUCAUUAUGCGUCAACGUUCACUUCGAAAACAAAGACGGGGGAUUCUUCCUCAAACAGCAGCCUCGACAACAUUACUCGGGUUCAGCACUUGGGCCUUCUACCAUAAUCGAUUUGCCGCCUUCAACCAGCACUGGAGUCUCCUCUACUGGCCAGCCCCUUUCGAUCGAUCGGUUCACAGUUUUCCAAAGCUCUCAACCGAUUUCGGUUAGGGCUACGUAUGGGCCCUUCAGUACCAAGCAAACGGUACCCGCUCGUUACGUGGUACCUGAUCCCAUGCCUAUGAACACGUCUGGACCUGUCAUAGAUUUACAAGACCAAGCCAUUCAUCAUUUGGACAUGUCGGCGCAUAUCGUUCGCAAUGAAGUGUCCAGAGAUUCUCCAAUUCUACGUGUACUCUUCCAUACGGGUACAGACCCAGGAGGCCGCAGGCAGAUGCUGCUUGCUCGACAUCAUCAACGAGUCUGUAUAAUUCUGCACGCCUCAAUGGGGACGAACGCUCCUCUACACGCAGCGUGUAGCCCAGGUGGUGAAGAUGGGGUCUGCCUGGCUCAGGUGACCGUUCCGGCAAGCUGGUGGCCUCCCUUACCAACACCGGAUAAAGACGGUAGGCCUGGAAAACCUACCAAAACGCCUCCGAGGCUGGUUCAAGUAGCAUACUCUGUAUUGGAACCUUGGCCGGAUGAAGGUGAAGGCUGCCACCCGAAAAUGCAAGUUCAACCGUCCGUCAUAUUGGGUAUGGUGCCGCUGGUUCCCGCUAAAGGAGCGUACAAAGAACUGAAACUGCUGGACGCUCUUACGAUGCUCGUUCCGCACCCUCCGCUCUUUCCGAUGUCUAGACUUCACGUUUCCGUUUUUGUCGACAGACUUAAAGCUAAAUCAUUAACGGCUGUUGUCAUUAGAGCGCGAGUAAAGAGCGGCGUGCGUUUAUUGGAAGUCUCUCCAUCAAGCGCGGCCUUUUGGAACGUCACUUCGGAAAUAAACCCAAGACACACAGGCGCCACUGUCACCUUAGUUCGCAAAGAGGUACCGGAUCCGGAUAUAGUGGCAGCAGAUGGAGAAGUGGUGGAAUUGUUUACAUGGCUCCUAGAAAUUACUGAAGAUGCCACGGAGAGCUACGACGGUGCCAGGAUCGUAUGGAAUGUCCGUUACGAGCCACAUCAAGGCGAUACGGAGCUUGAGAUCCAUCGAAGCGAAGGACGCAAGUCUUCUACGCGAUUCGAGAUACAAAAAGACGACAUCCAGGCUGUAGUUCCCAUUAGCAAGAAUUGGGAAGUGUUGAAUACCGCUGUUUUGACGGGUCAACAGGUAUCCCAAGCGAUGAAAAUCUUUAUCGUGUCGCAAGCUGGAAAAGCGGCAGACGUCACAUUCCAAGCGUCAUGUCACUCUGAAGAUGACAACGUGCUCAAGGUAUCUUCCUCCUGCGGUUCCGUUUACGUAGAUGGUAGCGAACAACGAGGCUCAGUAAAUGGAUCGGUUUUGGUCAAAUACGGGACUUACACGGGUCUGGCGAAGUUCACGGUAUGGAUGCCCGAAUUCCCGUUGGAGUUGUCUGUGGCGGACACAAAACUUUCCCAGGUCAAGUCCUGGAGAGUUCCGGAUUACAACCCCACAGUAACAAAAAGCAAAAGACGUCGCAAACGGUCGUACAACCCGUGGAGUAAUGACAUGGACAUGGGUAACGUAGUGGAGAAGCCCAUAUGUCGCCUAAGGUACCAGCAAACCUCGGUAGACGUUUACGCGCACUUCAUGGCCACUGAUCAUGAUUCCGGUCGUGUAAACUACUUAAUCAACCGGAGAACGUGGCUGAGAAUAACCGACCUCGUAUUGCCAUGGUUGAGGGUGAGCGAUCCAAGAAUUGCGAGCCUUCACGGCCGUGUGCUGCAGGGUAGAAGUGUCGGUAGAACAGAAGUACAGGUUCUUUCACCGAUAACCAGCAGAGUCUUUGGUUCGAAAGAAAUAAGAGUCGGUAACGACAAAGUGUCUCUUUCCAAAAUGUCCGUGCAAGUUGUAUCUGGACUUCAACUGAAUAUCUCUCCUGAUAGCUCUAUCGAGAAUGGCUACGUGGCCGAGACCAGUGUCACUAGAAAGCUAACGGCUCAAUACCAAGAAGGACUACUGGACAUCGAGCUGGAGUUCUCAGAUAGCACAAAAACGGCUUUGCGAGACAUAUCUGACAUGGACUACCACCUGGUAGUCGAAAGCUUAGAUCCCGAAGUUGUCGCGUUCGCCCCUAUGGUGGCUUCACAUCACCCUAGGGUUAUUGCUGUUGGUGAAGGAAGUGGGGAUCUUCUUCAAGUAACAUUAUUGUUGUCCGAAGAAUGUCGGACGAGCGGUCGUCCCAAAACCAAAUCUGCAGGUCCAUUAGCGACAGCUGCCGCUCAUAUCGCUGUGGACUUCACCAGCGACUUAGCCCAUAGGCCUGAUAUCCUGCAGAACGAUGGAGGGAGCUACAACGGCGGCAAAAGUGGAAGAGACAGAGACUUCUCUGAUUUGCAUGACAUAUUAAAGGAUGACGAGCCAAAUGUUCAAGCUAGGCAGUACCAAGGGAACAAGGGAGUCUAUAGGAACAAACAUCACAAUGCUGAGCUGAAGCCGUUGGAAAUAAGCAUGUACGUGUUACUGGCUGCAUUCUGUUGCGCUAUUGUGGUAUUUGUGGUAUCCUGCGUAGUUUACGCCUCCAAAUUCAAACCAAUCGAACAAGGUGUUACGGCCGGUAUCCAUCCGUCCCCUGUGAAUCCUACCAAUUUGGUAAUUCACAGGGAACCGCGUAAACCGAGAGAAUCGACGCAAAACGCACACGAUUGGGUGUGGCUCGGACGGGCCACAAUGGAUACCACAUCCAAUCGCAAUUCGACGGUUGUGAGCAAUAAUAACGGAACAGAUAUUAGAAUAAUCACGAAUCCGUUAAAUACCAAUUACUGCGAUCCGGACGAUUGCCUGGCUACCAGUUUUAGCAAUCCAAGUCACAUCGACUUGCCCAGUAGAUCUGAAGGAAAUAUGGCCGAUGUUAACUCGAACCAGGCAAUCGACAGCAGGACCUACUGCAGGAGCAAGGGAACCAGUAGGGUGGUUGAAGAGUGUAAUGGUGAUGAGUUGGUUGGGUGGAACAAGCCGAUUCCUCCACCGCCGCUUCCACCCCACGCGGUUCCCCUUCAAAUGCCUUCCGAGCGCGUCAUUUCUUCGCCUAAACCUGACGACGAGUACCGACCUCCAGUUCCGCCACACCGUGUCGCCGCCGGAUCCGAAUCACAGUCGCCCGUCAUCACACCAAAAAAGCAUCACCACCAUCAUCACCAAAGAAGCGGGAGUCGAAGCGGAGACAAACUCCUCAAAGAAGCGUUGGAAAACAGUGGACGUCCGGGAAGCGGUUUGAGAGAGAAACUGCUCGAUAAUGUCGAGAACAGAGAGAUGCACGUGUUUAAAUUCGACGACGAGCCUGUAGAACAACCCAAGAAAGACGAGAAAACGGAGUUUGUGCAGUACCCGAAGUCGCCCAGUGCUAAAUCUAAUCGAAAUAGUGCGGAAGUGAAGCGGGCAACUAUCGUGGGCAACCCGAUGUUCAGCGCCGACGAACGAACCGCCGAAAUGUGCGCGAACACUGCGGACCUACCGGGCUUGGACGACCUACAGUUGGACAUGGACUACGACCAAAUCAUGCACUACUUCGAGAACCUAAAGGUAAAUGCCCGCUAGAAUCGAAUGCCUGAGUAGAAGAGAUCAUUGCAAAGAUCCGCGAGAUCCUGCUGUCGUUUAGCGAGCAGUAUCGAGCGAACGCCUUGAACGGUAACGGGGCGUAUCCCGAUCACGUGAGAAACGUCAACCGCAGUUUCGACUACUACUUCGACCAUCUGAGUGAGUCGUACGCCUAAAGGAAGGGGCGGUCAAUUAGCUAUUUAACAAUGUGCGACAAUUUUUGAAAUUACGAUUUUACAGAAGGCUAAUAAUAAUUAUUAAAAUAUAUAAAGCGCUCAUAUAUUUGAAGCUGCCAGUUAAAAGUUCUUAGCCUGUUGUGAAAUGAGGUUUUAGAAAUCUACCUCUGCAAGUACUAUACGCAAUUUGCAAGACUGAAAAAAAACCCACGUCAUUUUUGGGUGAACGUUGAAAUAAACGCAACCAAAAGUAGGUUUUCGAAAAGUCUAACCGACGCCAUCCAAUUUAGGUUAUUCAUGGCUUGGGAUUUUUUCAUUAUAUGAUUUUAGACUGCAGAAUAUGUCGUUUCAAUACUGGUGUUAUAACAUUUACUUAAAGGCGGUAGCCCGUAAUGUUUUUUUCUGUUUUCUAAGCAUUUUCAAAGUUUAGGACCCCAAAAAUAUUUACUAAAUUUGAAGUUUAGAUUGUACCUAUUGUAAUGUCAGUUUAAAUGGCUGUCCUAAAAACACAAAAAUUGCUGGUUAGAGAAUAUUACGGGAAUAAGUCAUAUUCACCGGACUGAGUUAAUAUGUAAUGCUUAAUGCAGAAUAACGGUCGAACUCACAAAUAGGGCAGCCAAUACUGUCAGCAGCCGUAUAAGUUAAGUGUAAGCAGACGUGAUCUAGAUAUCUCAAAACUAGUCAGUAAUACCAUUUCAGAUUAAUUAUCCAAUUAUCCAAAAUUAAUGUUCUUUUUAUUUAGUUUGUCAGGAUUGGUUGGCUGCAAUAUUAAGAUGGUAACGGUUAGACAUCAAAGAAUUUGCGUAUAUUACAGAGAAGUUGUCACAAUGUUAAGGGAUUUUUGCAGUGAUCGACUAUAUUUUCGUGCGAAUAGGAUGCGAUGAAAAAUUAUCUAUCUAGUCAUGAGAUUAAUAAGCUUUAUUAAACAAAUUAUUAAGUAUCGAUAGGAAAACUAUUUUAUACGACAAUGUAACAUAAUGUCUCAACGCCAUACUAAUGUUGUAUUUAUCAGUGCACAAAUUAUGGUUCCUGACUAAAGUAAAAUCGUGUGCUUUCUUUUUAGAGUCCGACAUUUAAUUAUUAGCAUAUUCGUUGUGGGUGUAUUUUUCGGACAAGCUUUUUUAGAGAGGAUAUGAAGUUACUGCGAAAAAUAUUAUUUAGAGGCAUUGCAUUAGGUAAUAAAAGUGGUGCCUUCAAUAGGUUCCACAAAGAUUCAAGGUGCCACUCAUGCCCAAGUUGUAAGUUAACUAUAUAUCUCUAACAAAGUUGUAUCUAAACAGUUUACCUCUUACUUUUUAUUGUACAUUUUUGUAUAUUAAUUAAUGUAUAUAGUACAGAAAUCUAUGUGUAUUUCGCCCUGACUGAAUCUACUUUAAAAAGGAAUAAUCGCUACCGAUUAUUUCAGCAUCUCAUUGACACUGAGAGAUAAGUUAGGUUGUAUGUUUAUAUAGUCAUGUUUGCUUUAAAAAAGUAUAUAAUGCAAAAAUUUUUAAUUUAUUGUAAAUAUAUUAUAUUAAGACAGAUUAUUCCGCUUCUAUUUAACGACAUAAAAAACUAGACUAAGGGUACAGUGUAAGAAUAAUGUCUCCCCUCUAGUCCCUGCUAUAGGUAACAAAUCCAAAAUUUCAACAAAACAAAAUAAUAUGUGUAACGGAUAGAUGUUUUAAACAACCAGUGAAAACUAUUUAGUCGCUUUUGGAAUAACUCUUGGUUGUUACGGGUCUCUCUGACAAUUAAUUCUUCCAUUGUAAUAUUUCUCAACUUUUUUGUUAUUUUUGUCAGUAUUAAGUAAUCUUUAUUUAAUUAUUGUUUAAGUUUUCAGUAUUGAUUUGGCCUGCUAUAUAUUAUCCUCAUACUGGUAAUGCCAUAAAACUUAAAAAUAUCUGUUUGCUUCUAAAUGUACAUAUAUAACACAAUGUUAACUGUUACUCUAUAAACUAUAUUUGGCAACGCCUAUACCGAAACGGCGUAGAUUUGAACGCCAUCUGUAAUCAGCGUAACAACUAUCCAAUGCCACACAUUAGGCAUGGGCGUGACCAAAAUUAUAACCAACAAAUAUUGUGCUUGGUUCAAAACCUUAACAUAGUUACUCAAGCUUGUGUUCUAUUUAGGAAUAUGUAAGAAAUUGCACUUCUUUUUUAAUUUAGGACAUUCCUUUGAUAUUGGUUGUAAAUAAAUUCGAUUCUAGAGCAGGAAAAUUAUGUUGUAAACAUAUCAAACCACAACACAGAAGUCGUAUCAAACGAUAAAAUGGUAGGGAUAUUUUUUUAUUUUAGAUUGCAUUCUAAUUUUAGAUACCUCUGGUAGCCAAGUCUACCAAGCCCUAUAGACUGUAGUCGUUUGAGUUACACAACGCGAAUCUGGUAGUUUUUUUUAGAAAAUGUCAAUGUAAUAUUUGAGUAAACUGAUGUAUGUACAAGUACAAUAUUGUAAGUUACCACAGAAACCAGUGAAAUAAAGUAAAAUUUCUAAUUGAAUGUGGGUAUUAUUAUAAUAUAAAAUACUAAUAUUCCUGUCCAAAAUAAGUGCUUAAUAUCUUUUUUCUACUCUC